AUGGCGUCGCGCACCAAGAAGGAGCUCUCCACGUCCCCGACCCCGCGCGAAGCCGCGUCGCCCGAGGAGAGUAGCAAGGUUAAGAGAAAGCGCCAGUCUCAGAGCUGCGACGCGUGUCGCGCACGCAAGGUCAGAUGCGCCCGCGAGAAUCCCGACGAUCCCAAGACCUCCUGCAAACACUGCAUCGCCCUCAACAUCCCCUGCACCUAUGACUACCAGCCCAAAAAACGCGGGCCUCCCAACCUGUUGCAGGAGGCGGCCGCAGCUCAGGCGGCCGCAGCCCAGCAGCACGCAGAGGCCAGUGGCUCUGACAUGAGUCAGUCCCCUGCCUCCACCUCCCAUGCCGCGACCAGUCCCACACAUGCCCUCUCGCCGUCAGUGCCUGGUGCCAUCUCAUUCCUGGACCAGUCGCUCGCGAGCGUGCCGACCAUGGCGUCGACCGCCCUAACCCCUUCGCGCUAUCCAAUCACCGCGGACGGCUUCACCUCACACUACAAUCCGAUGCCCUCCCUCGGCACAGCCUAUACGGCCGCCCGCGAGGAAUACGUCCCUCCGCAAGAUCACGACGAUACCCCGCUAUCCUACUACUACCGUGCCCAUCGACUCGAAGAUGUCGCCCCGAGGGACACCAUCCUCCUCAUCCUGGCUCUUUUCUUCGACUUUGUGUAUCCGCUGACGCCGUGCAUCCACAAGCAGUCCUUCAUGGCUGACAUCCACUCCCGUCGCGAGGAGCGAGAUCCACUCUUUUUCGCGCUCGUCAUGUCGACCGUUGCUGCGACCCUCGUACAGGUGCCCAGGUCCUACCUGCCUAUGGACCGGCAUGCCGUCCGCAAGCUUGCGCAGACCUGUCACGAAGCCUCGCGACACAUCUCCGUCGCGUCAUAUGAUCCGCCGACCUCCAUGCACGUAGUCGUCCGUUACUUUGACACGGUCUACCACUUCUGCGAGGGCCACGAUGCAACACAACACGCUGCCUUCGGUGAGGCAGCGCACAUCGCGAUUACGCUUCGCAUGCACGAGGAGUCCUCCUACGAGGGCCUGGACCUCAUAGAGUGCGAAGUUCGUCGACGGACCUUUUGGCUGCUUUUUGGGGCGGACAAGUCAAUGUCGAUCCUGCUGGGGCGACCCAUCUCGCUUCGCGACGAGGACACCACGUGUAAUUUUCCUAGGGAGCUAGAUGACGAGUACAUCACACACAGCGCGUACCUGCCCCAGCCGCACGGCAAGACGGCGAUCGUGUCCGGUUUGAACUACAUAUCGCGCAUCUUCGCGCUGCUCGGCGAGAUCCUCGUACGCAUUCGCGUCGACAAGCGCUCCCCGCCGCAGGGCCAGUUCCUCACUGCGCGCCUCGAGGAGCCCGAGCUACCUUCCCCGGAGCUCGGCGGCCCGAACUUCCGCCAGACGACCCUCGGCGAGGUCAAAGACUUCUUCGACAAUCCGAACGCAAGCCGUGCGAAUGCGCUGAACCCGUUCCUGGUCAUGCAGGCGAACGUCUACGUCACACAGCAACUCGUCCGGUUUGUUAUCGAGCAGUACCGCGACGAGCUCAUCACGUCGCUCCAGGGGAACAUCGACGAGCAGCGCGUUGCUGAGGAGCGCGAGGCGGUUGCCAGCGAGCUUCUCAACAUAUUGCACAGGUCAGUGGUCUUGCGUCCCUCUGUUCCGGGGCUUGUUGCCACCGCGUCCCUCACGUACGGCUCGCUUACGACGCCGGGAUCCCACAGCAUCCCGAUUCAGAGCAUCGCGACCAACGGGCCCUCAUUGGUGCAUAAAGUGCGCUUCGUCGCGUCAACGCUGCUGGACGCGGUGCGAAAGGCGGAGACGGCUCCAGCGUCCGCUGCCCGGGCUCACGCGUAUCUCUGGGACUUCCUGUCGAUUCUGUCUGAGAUCGAGCGGAACUAUCUGCUGGACGACGAGCCGCGCGACCCAGGCGCGAGCGCGGACGCGCUGCCUCUCCUGGGCAGCUGA